GCAGCAGCCCGCCUCCGCUUUGCUUUGACAAAAUGACCUUGACAUCCUUUCACGCAAGAGGACAUUAAAAUUGGAGACGGAGCCAAAGAGGCGGGUGAGCCCGAGUCAUUAGCCGUAGCUUCUGGGGUUGCUAGGAGACGAGAGGAUGAAGGCCCAGACGAGGACGGGAGCGAGCGGGCGGUGGGAGAAGCCAGGCCACCAUUUAGGAGCCGUGUCCAAACCACCAGCCCGAGUCAACAAAGGCAAGAGUGUGAAGGCUGACUGGAUCGAUCUCAGCGUUGCCCAAAAAGGAGUUUGGCCGCUAGGAGUGCAAAGGCGCGUGCGUCUCAGCACACCUUUUGGCACAGUAGCAAGAGCUGGUCUCGCAGCAACCUUACGUCCCUCUUAGCAAUCGAUGCAGUUUGAGGGCUCUGAUCGACUCUCAGCGAUCUCAAACCAGUUUUCAGGGGUGCGCUGUCGCUUUAAAUGGGCGGGAGGGGGGAAGGAGGCGGGCGGGCGGGCGGGUGGGGUGGGGGCAGAAGUUGAAAAAGGAGAGCAUUUGCCGCGAGCGCUUUCUCAGUCUGUGAAGGCUGCAGACAAGUCAAAGAAAGUCCAGCCGUCCUAUUCUGACUAUGAUUCAUCUCCAUUUGGCUGAUGCGCCACUCGGAGGAGCACUGUUGACUUGUUAAGAUGGCACAGAAGGAGGGGAGCGCGCCGGGGGUCAAGGCCGUCCCAACCCAGCCGGCGGUGGCAGGGAGCGGCGGCGUGGUGGUGGAGGUCCGCGAGAAGAAGGGACCCCUGAGGGCCGCCAUACCCACAAUGCCUUUCCCUCUGGCCGUCAUCUGCCUCUUCCUCAACACCUUCGUACCUGGACUAGGUACCUUGGUGUCGGCCUUUGCGGCGCUGUGCGGCGCUCGCAGCGAGCUGGCGGCCCAGCGCGGCGUCUGCUGCAUCUUUUGGCUCAACGUGGCGGCGGCCCUCAUCCAGAUGGCCACGGCCGUCAUCAUGGUGGGCUGGAUCAUGAGCAUCUUCUGGGGCAUGGACAUGGUCAUCCUGGCAAUUUCUGACGGCUACCGAGAUCAGGGCGUUCCGCAGGACGUCUGAGAGGACUCGCUGGGCUCGGCACUUGUCCACGGUUUCUCCUUUAAACACAAGACAAAACA